CGGAGGAAGGUCAGUGGGCAUGGUGGGGGGAGGGUGUGCUGGUGGUCAAACUGGAUGAUCUGAGUGGUCCUUUCGUGAUUCUGUGAUUCUAUGAAUGAAUGCUGCUGAGGCAAAAACAGAGACUUCUUUUCACAAAGAAAAACUUUGUCUCACGCAUGUCCAAGGCAUUGCUGGGCAGCACGGAUCUCCAUGGUGCUGCUGGGCCAACAGCUCUCAUAACCCUCACACAGCUCCGUACCCGGAUUUCAUCAGAAACCAGCCUAUACUGCAACGCAAAGCAGGCUUUACAAAACAGACUGCGGUCGCCAGGAAAGCAAACGAGAAUCCUGCCUUCAGCCCCAAGCCCAGCCCCUUGCAACCCGUCGUGGCACCACAGCGCAUAACCGCGGCUCCUCGCACCGAGCAGAGCCCGUUUUUAACCGACUCGUCCGCGCCCGCAGUACGGCCGGACUACGUUUCCCGGCGGGCGGCGGGUCGGAGAACGUGUCGGCCGGGGGCGGCCCUUCCGCUGCCGUGAGGCGGUGGCAUAGGGGAUCCCUUGCGGCUUCCCGGCGGGAGAGGGCGGCCCGGGCAGGCAAUGGCGGCGCCGGAGCCGGAGCCGGAGCCGGGAGGGCAGCGGGCGGCGGGGCGCGGGCCGGGCGGCGAGAGCCCUCCCGCCAGCCCUCCAGCGGCCGCCAUGGGCGACGGGCCGUCGGCCUGGUCCCCGGCUUCGGCCCAGGCGGCCUCGCUGCUGGAGGAGGCGGCGGAGCUGCUGGUGUUGCAGCGGGACUUCGCCGCCGCCCUGGAGCGCUGCGAGGCGGGCUGCGGCAACCUGGGCCCCGCGCCCGGCCCCGACAGCAGUUGUGCGGAAGUGAAGUGCUCCCUUUGCGUGGUGGGCAUUCAGGCUCUGGCUGAGAUGAACCGAUGGAGAGAAGUUCUGUCCUGGGUCCUGCAGUACUACGAUCGUCCUGAGCAGCUGCCUCCAAAAAUCCUGGAGCUGUGUAUCCUGUUAUACAGCAAAGUGAGAGAGCCCCAGGUCAUGCUGGAGGUUGGCAGUAGCUGGCUGAGGGACCAAACCAAUAAGAGCCUGUCUGAGUAUGUCUCAUUGCUGGAGCUGUAUCUGCUGCACGUGCUGCUUCCACUUGGCCGAUUUGAGGGGGCAGAAGAGCUUGUGUACAGCUGUGAUAUUCUUGACAGUGAGCAGAAGCUGGCGUUUGUUGAGACCAUUUGUGAAAAGCGAUGUCAGUGGACUCAACAGGAAGAAACGCACUCAGCUCAUGAUGAGCACGAGGACAAAGCAACAGAGACUGUUUUGGGUGCUCUGUCCCAAAAGCUCUUGACCAUGCUGACAUUGCUGCGAAGAACAUUAAGGUCCAUGUCAAGCCACUUCUAUCUACUUCCUUAUAAAAAGAUGCUGUUGGCUACUUUCCUGCUGUACCUAGUAGUGGUGAGGUUAGACCCAGCUUCUCCCACGUCCCUGCCGUUCAUUUGCAAACUGGUGCAGCUCUUCCGACAGGCUUGGGCAGCUGUAUUGUCUCCGAUCCACAGGCCUCCAAUUCAAGACUAAAUGUCUUCUGCUCCUGUGCCAGCUUGUCUCAAGGACUUUAUGAAGUUCUUCAAGGACUGUUGAAAUCAGUGUCUGAAUGGAGAUGACCAACUGUGAUCUCCUGUAAAGUGGUCCGCUCCUUUCUUCAGACAGGGACCAGUGGUGUAUGAAUUUUGAAGCCAUGCCAAGUAUUCCUGACACUACCUUGGCUAUUCAGCACCAUUCUGUCCAACACUGGAGUAAAGUCACUCCUUCUGUAAUCUACAGCUGAUUAAGAUCCUCCUUUUGAAACACUUUGCUUUGGGUGUGGCUCUUGAGUGAGAGUUACAUAGACAGUUAUGAAGUAUGAUGCCUGUUUGGAAGAUGGUUCCAUUCUUGCAAAUACCGUGCAGUUCCCUGAACAACUGAAACAGCAUUCCUGGAAGCAGGAAUGUUAAAGGCAGCAGAGUAUCAGUAAUUGGAGGGAAUAUUCUGUUUUGUCUCAAGACAUCACAAAUCCCAGUUCCUCUAGCAUGGGGCUGAGGACAAGAACAUGGGAAAAAAACACUGCAGGAAAUGAAGCCUGUUGUAUUUUGAACACCAUGGUUUCUCUUGUGACUGAUGCCUCCUCAUACGGGCACUCUUGAUUUUAAUCAUAUCUAUGACAGAAGGCCUAGGUGGUGUGCUGCAAGUACAGCUGUCCUGCACCUAUAGUUCUUAAAUGCAGAUUACAGUACCUUGUGCUUGCCUGGUGCAUAGUAAUCUGUAGGAGUCUGUGCCUGUGGUAAUGAAAUUUAUUUUUUUAAAUUAUGUUCCAUAUUACUGUCUAGUUGAACAACUAAGGUUGUUUCAUUGUUUUACUCUUUCCCUACCUCUUGCUUCGUUUAUGAAGAUGUCAAAAAGUCCCAUUAUGUCUUCCUCUUAUGCCCAUGAAAUCCUAAUUUACAUGGUAACCAUUCAGCAAUGCUCUAUCAUUCAGAACAAACAAAUCUUUGAUAGAAACUCUGAGAUCCCCACAGAUGUGGCAAGAAAGUUACUGCCUUUACAGAAGGACUUACCAGGCUGACGCUGUUUCUUAUCACCUCGGGCAGAGAUUGGAGGUCUGCAGGAGAACAGUUAUUUCCCAUCGAUUGACAGUAAGUGCCAAGGGAGAGAGCAUUGACUAUUUCAAGAUUGCUUCUACUGGAGCAAGCUGCAUGUGUGCUAGAGAGAAAAAGUUAGAGCCAUGUGGCGAAUGUAGCCAGCUGUCCCAGCAUCUGUGCCAAGGUGAUUCAGGCUGGUCAACGUCAGCCAAAACUACAGAAAUGAAGCUGCCUUUUUGGUGGCCAGUUUCUAUCCAACACACCAAGCUUGUGUAAAGUAGCCAGUAUAGGUCCCACUGCAGUGUCUUAGCGUGGUAGCCUCCUUUGAAUCGAUCAUUUGUUUCUAGCAAUAGUUCUACACAGGUAGUGGCAAUUUCUGUUUUCUUUACAAGGAUAGCAGCCUGUUGGUGUGCUCUGUCACUUUGCAGCCUACCAGACCACUUGGAAAAGUCUGUGUCUUUACUGCUAAAAGUCUUGUUCGGUCUAGAUUGUUCUAGAGUUAUCCUGAUAGAGAAAUAUUCCGGUGUUAGUGUGAGAUAAAGUGGGGCAUCCAUUAAUGCAGAAAGCAGUCAUCACUGUGCCUAGUUAUCUCAGGUAAAUAAAAGAUUAAAACCACAAGACAUUCCUAUCCUCUCUCCCCUGAAAUUUUUGUCUCCAGUUGGAUUUUACCCUAGGACAAGUAGCACAUAAUGCUUCACCAAAUUAAAAAUAUAAAUAUAUAUUUAUCAUAUAUUCUGUAUACAGGGAGGAGCAGUUCUUGAUACUGCUGGAUGAUUCAUGUAAUCCAAUUAUCAGUGUAGCUGUGCUUCCCUACAGCCAGCACUUGAUGGAAAACCAGGUGGAAUCCAACACAGAGGGUUUGGCUGGAGUUGAGUUCCUCCAGGAAGUGACUGGAUUGCAUCUACUGGCCACCUAGUUGCAAGACCUUGCUCUAAAGACUUGGUAAACCAGUUUAUGAAACAAUAAAUUUCCCUUUGAAGUCAGGCUAAAUUCUAAAUGAUACAUGACCGUUCUGCUAACAACCACUUUUUAAAUCUCAAUUUCUGUUAACGCUUCCAGUUAAAUCACAGAGCUGCAUUUUGGGGACUGGGUUCAGUGGGUAGUCUGCUAUGUGUGGAGCUCUGUUAAAUAUCAUAGCCAUUCAUUUACCAGAACAUUUAUUUUGAUUUUAUUGGUAGGUUAGCAACUUCUGCUUUUUUUGGGUACUACUGAUAUUGGAUUUGAAUUGUGUUUAGCACUCCAUGAGAGGGGUGAAGGCAGAAACAACCAAUCUUUCUUUUUUUUUUUUUUUUCCUAGAGUUUUCUAGAGCAAUGACUACUAAACCUGCAAUAUUAAAAUUUCACAAUAAAAUGACUACUUAUUUACCUCUUUGUAGAGUUGUUUAUUUGUGCUGUGAUGAAGUGCUUUAGCAUAUAAUGUAUUGAUGCUGUAGAUCCUUUCAUAUGUGUCCUCGUUGUACAAGUAUAUUGGAAUUAGGUAGCAGACUUGCUAGUUAAGCAGAGACUUACAGGCCUGCAUUUUCAUAGGAGUUCAGAAAGUGAUAAUUACUUUCUGUGAAAGAUGCAAUAUGUAUAUAUAUAUAAAAUAUAUUUAAGUGUUUCUGUGUACUUCGGGAUGGCUAAAAUCAGAGCUACUGAGAAUAAAGUACCUGGUACUUGUCUUGGUCUGUGUUUUUCUUUGCACUGUUAAUGUAUCACGGAGGGAAAAGAUGCAGUUGUGUUAAUUCCAUUGGAAUCCUACCAUUUAAGGCUUGUUGAGAGAGAAUGUGUGUGCCUGCCAGGUGCAUGCAAACUUCAUGCUGGUAUCUCCAGAUGUGACACCAAAUGUUCUGCUUUUUUUGUUCUGGCAUCCUCUAACUGGACACAAAGAACUUGUGUUAGCCUAUAGUGUAGGCAGGUGGAGGAUUGAAGAACAGUUGUCUAUAACCAGCUGAAGGGAUGGCGCAAAGAAAAGGAGGAAAGAAGAUAAUCCCAUGUACUUUGACCACAGAUGACCAAACAGUUGGUCAGGUGGAAUUCCUCAUAGUUCAACCUGCUCCCCAACUCAUUUCCAUCACAGGAACUUGAGCAACUUGACUGUAGACGAAAUGUGGAUGUGGAGCUUUUGUUUUCACGAGGACAAAAUGUGAAAAUAAUACCACCUUCUGGAAGGACUAAGAAAUUCAGAAGUGAUAAAAAUUCUUAAAAAACGAGUUAUCAGUAGCAGAUUCACCAGCUGUAAGUGUUUUAAUGAAGGAAACAGUUAUUGAACAACAGAUCUGUUAAAUUCUGGUUAGAAAUACCAGCAACAACUUUUUUUUUUUUUUUUAAGCCACCAUUCAGUACAAAAAAUAAACUGA